AUGAAGGAUCUGGGAGAAGCAUCAUAUGUACUAGGAAUUGAGAUUAAGAGAGAUAGAAAGCAGGGAUUGUUGGGAUUGUCUCAAGAAAAUUAUAUUUCAAAAUUUCUGAAGAGAUUUGGAAUCGAAACCUGUGCUAAUUGUGAAGUUCCAAUGUCUAAGGGAGAUAAACUAACCAAAAAUCAGUGUCCUAAAACUGAUAUUGAGAAAACUGAAAUGGAGUCAAUACCAUAUGCUAGGCUAGUAGGGAGUUUGAUGUAUGCACAAGUCUGUACAAGACCAGACUUGUCUUUUGCAGUUGGAAUGCUAUCUACGUUUCAGUCAAAUUCUGGACAUGAGCAUUGGACAGCUGGUAAGAAAGUUAUGAGGUACCUGCAAAGGACCAAAGACCAUAUGCUUGUGUAUAAACGUGUGAAAAAGCUUGAACUAGUUGGCUUUACAGAUUCUGACUUUGCUGGGAAUUAUCCUACAUCUAUGAAGUCAACUUGUGGCUAUGUUUAUUUGCUAGUAGGUGGUACAGUAGCUUGGAAAACAAUGAAGCAGUCAUUGAUAGCUACUUCCACCAUGCAAGCAAAUGUGAUAGCUAUAUAUGAAGGAGUUUGUAAAGAUUUGAAAUUCUAUAGUAUUAGGAAGAGAGUUAAAGAUGGUGAAGUGGAAAUUUCUGGAAUCAAGACAGGUGACCAGCUUGCAGAUCCAUUUACUAAAGCAUUGUUAGUAGCAGCUUUUAAGGAGCAUUCCAGGAAUAUGGGAAUUCUGUCGAGUUUUCAAGAUGCUUAA